AUGUCUGCGACACAAUUAGCAUAUUCCCUCCGACUUUAUGAGGAAACCUGCAAGGAUCUAUGCACCACUGCUGCUGACUUGAUUCAAAGGGCAAGUGAUGUUGAGUCCUCGACCUUGGAGACAUAUCGUCUUAGGCUAGAGUCUCAAAUAAAGAAGUAUGAAGAACUCAACUUAAGACAGCCUAAUAAGACCGCUAGAACUCAAAGUUGUGUAUUCUGUGAUAGACCAGAACACAAAGCCUACCAGUGUGACAUUUACAAGACCACGCAAGAGCGCAUUUCAAGACUUACCGCACAAAAUCGCUGCGUGAAAUGCACUUCACCUAACCAUAAGACAACCGACUGUUUUGUGAAGUUCCACAAAUGUCUGUCAUGUAAAACUGGACUACACCAUUCAGCAUUGUGCCCUGACUCCUCAACUGAGGUCUCUGCUGUGAACUAUUGUGGAGACAAUGACAGUGACAAAGACUUAAAGUCACAAACAAGUGGAAUUCUCCCUACCGCCUUAAUGAAAGUGGUGUGUCCGCCCUCAGGCAACACCAAGGAACUUAGAUCACUGUUUGAUUCUGGGGCGCAACGCACCUUCAUCACACAAGAGGCAGUGGAAGAGUGUAAACUUGUACGAGACAAUCCUGUCCAACUGAGCAUCAGUGGGUUCUGGGAUACCAAAGAACCUAGAGAAUAUGGUACAGUCACUGUACCUGUCAGGGUAAAGGAUGACAGCCUUGUAACUUUAAAGGCUAUUGUCGUACCUAAACUACCUCAGAACGCUAGGCCUCGUGGACUCUGUAAGAUAGUGUCUGAACUGAAGAGCCAGAAUGUCACCCUAGCUGAUCCUAACUUGUCAAGUAGUCAGAUUGACCAGGUGAAACUGCUUGUUGGCAUAGAUCACUACUUUGACUUUAUCCAUUCUCCACAAGCAAACGGAGUGAACCUGAUUGAGUCCUCCCUAGGAUAUCUGGUCGCUGGUAAACUGCCUAGUAAUGACACCCCUAUCAGUGCUCAUUCUGUAACUGUAAUGAGACUAGCAGUUGAUGAACCUUCCAAAGCUGCUCUAGAGAUACCACUUGAGAUGUCUGAUAGCAAAUUUGCUGAAGACCCCAUCCAACAGCUUUGGACCCUAGAAUCAGUCAGAAUCGUUGAUCAAGAUAUGUCACCUGAGGAUAAAUUUGUACUGGAAGAAUUCAAGAAUUCCAUCAAUAUGGUUGAAGGACAAUAUGAGGUAUCUCUCCCCUGGAAAGUCGAUAAGAAACAACUCCCUACCAACUUAGCACUCUCGAGGAAAAGACUGAACAGUACUAUUCACAAGCUGAAACAAACUAAUAAGUAUCUGGAAAUUUAUGACCAGAUCAUCAAAGAACAACUGUCUCUCGGCUUCACUGAAACAGUGCCAGAAGAAGACCAAAACCGGACAAAUGUCCAUUAUUUACCCCAUUUACCUGUGAUUAAGGAUUCAACUACAACGCCCAUUCGUAUUGUAUUUGAUGCAAGUGCCCGGAUGGACAAGCAGGCCCCUAGCCUGAAUGAUUGCUUAUACUCUGGCCCAUCCUUAACUAGUCAUUUAACCGACUUCUUGUUGAAAUUCCAUCUCGACCCAUUUGCAGUAUCGGCAGACAUCAGCAAAGCCUUCUUACGGGUAGGUCUCCAACCUAGGGAUCAUGAUUAUACACGUUUCAUUUGGCUAAAAGAUCUUAACAAUGAAAAGGACCUUCAAGCCUAUAGGUUUAGAUCAGUUCUCUUUGGAGCCACCUGCUCGCCUUUUUUACUCCAGUCAACCUUGCAAACAUCACUUUGA